AUGCUUCAGAGAUCGUUUGUGAAGGAAGGCUUGGCUAGGAGGGCGUUGCAAUGCACAGCUAGAAGGAAUUUGACGAUACCUUUCCUAUCGACUUUACCCCAGAAAGCCGGAGGUGUGGUUGGGACUCCGAAUGAUGCGUAUCAUCCUCCUGCUGUUGACAAGAUGCAUGGAUCUUACCAUUGGGAUUUUGAAAGGGCUUUGGCAGUAGCUAUGGUUCCAUUGGUGACUAUUCCACUUGCAGCAGGUGGUUCCAUCUCCACGGUUGCGGACUCUCUACUGGCAUCUGUGCUUUUGGGACAUGUUUACAUUGGGUUCCAGUCCUGUAUUAUUGAUUAUAUCCCAGCUCGUGUGUAUGGGAAAAAUCACAACUAUGCCAUGUACUUAUUGACAUUGGGUUCCGUGUUCUCAGCAUUGGGUAUCUAUAAGCUCGAGACAGAAGAGAAUGGGAUUAUCGGAGUUCUAUCGCGUCUAUGGACCGCUGAUAGGGAGUCUCAAGAGUCUAAGAAGGACUAA